UUUUUUUUUUUACUUGCGAUACAAUGUCAUCCAUUUACAAAAAACAAGAAACUGAUUCAAGCGCUGAUAUUGAUUGGUUAGAAAAAGCCAUCGUAGAAGAACAUAUUAAAUUUUAUGAUUAUUCUCAUUUUAAUAAUAUACAAGAAAUUAGUAUCGGUUCUGUAGGAAAUAUCUUUCGUGCAAAUUGGAAAGAUUCUGAUACUGUAUUAGUUUUAAAAUCAUCAUAUAAAUUAACCGUUCAAGAAAUUGUAAAUGAGUUGAAAAUACAACGUGAGGUGGAUUUUCAUACAAAUAUUUUACGAUUUUAUGGAAUCUCUAAAUUGAGAACCGGAUUAAUUCAUCAAAUGAAUAAGUAUUUGUUGAUCAUGGAAUAUGCUGAUGGCGGCACGUUACAUAGUUAUUUGAUUGAAAAUUUUAAUAGACUUGAUUGGAAUGAUAAAUUACGUUUAGCAAUACAACUUGCAAACGCUAUAUCAUGUAUUCAUAAUGAAGAUAUCGUUCAUGGAGAUUUGAAUUCUUAUAAUAUACUCGUACAUCAGAAUAAUAUCAAGUUAACAAAUUUUGGAUUAUCAAGAAAAAUAACCGAAGAUUCACAUUAUGAUGAGAUUUUUACAAAUAAAUUGGGUAUUAUUCCUUAUAUGGAUCCUCAAAGUUUAUAUAGUAUGUAUAAACUUCAAGAAGAAAUUAAACCUUACGAAUUGAAUAGUAAAUCGGAUAUUUAUAGUUUGGGUGUUAUUUUAUGGCAAAUUUCAAGUUGUCGUAGACCUUUUUAUCCUGAAGGUAUAGAAUAUGAUAUAGAUUUAGUUAAAGAAAUUAAAAAAGGUAAAAGGGAAGAAAUUGUUGAAGAUACUCCGGUUAAAUAUAGUAAUUUGUAUACAGCUUGUUGGGUGGAUGAUCCUGAUAAACGUCCUAAUAUAUAUGAUAUUGUUUUAUCUCUUAAAGAAUUAGAAACCGAAUAGUUAAAUUCUUUGUUGAUUCAUUUUAGAAUUAUUAGAAUAUAUUUCUUUUUUUUUUUCCUUUCUUUUUUUGUUUUGUUUUUGGAGAUAAAGUAUUUGAAUAAAUCUAUUACAUGUUUGAA